GUUUCAAAGCUCGGACGUAAACAGCUUCAGUUUCCUCUUCAGAAAGGAAGAUCAGGGCAACUGUGAGAAUCACACCGAGAAGAUGGGAACGGAGAGUCGCGGCACUAAUUAAGCCAUUUUUAAAUAGAAAUCUGCAUUGUAUUUACUUAACUCGGUAGAUGCUGCUGUUGUUUACAUUUAUUGACAGGGAUAAUUUAGGUUGAUAAAAGACCCAGGGGCCCGGGCCUCAGUCCGCGGUUUUGAGUUGAACAGUCAUCCGACAUCAGAGAGAGUGAGUCGGUGUGAACAGCAGAGCCCUGCUGCAAAUCAUGGGCGAUAGUAGAGAUUCUCAUAGUCCAGACAGCUCAUCCGUUUCGUCGCCACCAUCAGGUCAGCGUUCGCCCUCGUUGGCCCCUUCAGCCGCCUCCAUGACUUCCCUGCCACCCAUCACUUCGGCCAUGAACAGUCCCAUCAGCAGCAUGGGCUCACCUUUCUCAGUCAUCAGCUCCUCUCUGGGUUCUCCUUGCCUUCCUGGAACUCCCUCGGUAGGCUACGGCCCCAUCAGCAGCCCACAGAUUAACAUGUUUCGCAGAAACACAGAGAUCAACUCCACCGUGUCCAUGUCAGGUCUGCACGCCGUCAGCAGCUCUGAUGAUGUCAAACCGCCCUUCGGUUUGAAGCCGAUGUCCGCCCACAGCCCAGGGCCCAUGCUCUCUCAGAAACGCUUGUGUGCCAUCUGUGGAGAUCGCUCCUCUGGCAAGCACUACGGCGUGUACAGCUGCGAGGGCUGCAAGGGCUUUUUCAAGCGCACUGUGAGGAAGGACCUGAGCUACACAUGCAGAGACAAUAAGGACUGUCUGGUGGACAAACGCCAGAGGAACCGCUGCCAGUACUGCCGCUACCAGAAGUGCCUGGCCAUGGGGAUGAAGAGAGAGGUGGUCCAAGAUGAACGACAACGAUCUGUUCAGGAGGAGCGUCAGAGGAACAAGGAGCGGGAGGGAGAGGUGGAGUCCACCUCCGCAGCGAACGAAGAGAUGCCCGUGGAGAAGAUUAUGGAAGCAGAGAUGGCCGUGGAGCAGAAGACUGAGCUGCAUGCAGAUGGCAGCUCAGGGGGAAGCUCUCCAAAUGACCCAGUCACAAAUAUCUGCCAGGCGGCUGAUAAACAGCUGUUCACUUUGGUGGAGUGGGCAAAACGGAUCCCUCACUUCAGUGAGCUGUCUCUGGAUGACCAGGUCAUCCUGCUGCGUGCUGGCUGGAAUGAGCUACUGAUCGCGUCAUUCUCCCAUCGCUCCAUCACGGUGAAGGAUGGCAUUCUGCUGGCCACCGGCCUCCACGUGCACAGGAACAGUGCUCACAGCGCUGGGGUGGGAGCCAUCUUUGACAGGGAGAGUGCGCACAAUGCAGAGGUUGGGGCCAUAUUCGACAGGGUGCUGACGGAGCUGGUGAGCAAGAUGAGGGACAUGCAGAUGGAUAAAACCGAGUUGGGCUGCCUGAGAGCCAUCAUCCUCUUCAACCCAGAUGCAAAGGGAUUGUCAAGCCCAAGUGAAGUGGAAUUACUGAGAGAGAAGGUCUAUGCAUCGCUGGAGGCUUAUUGUAAACACAGAUAUCCUGACCAGCAGGGCAGGUUUGCCAAACUCCUCCUCCGACUGCCAGCGCUGCGCUCCAUUGGCUUAAAAUGCCUGGAGCACCUGUUCUUCUUCAAGCUGAUUGGAGACACCCCAAUCGACACCUUCUUAAUGGAAAUGCUUGAAGCACCGCAUCAGCUCACCUAACCUGGACCAGUCUCGAUCCAGUUCAAUCCGGUUUGCACCAGGGUAUCGCAGUCCCCCCGGACUCUGGGGCUUUACUGUGUCUCACUUCCCAUUAACACCUUCCCCACAAUUCUCUCCUACGCGUUCUCCCUACCGCACCUUCAAACCAGUACAGCCCUGAAAAAAGACUCGAAGCUGUCUGAAAAAAAAUGUAACGUUUUACACAGUAUGAGCUGUCCAGAGAGAUCUUAUUUUUCAAAUUCCCUGGAGAUUCUAAAUCAUAAGCUUCUGCUUCCAGUUUUAGAACUCUCGUAUUGAUUCUAGAGAUCUCUGAGUGUCGUUUUGGUUUGUAUGUUACUCUGAAUGCACGAACUGUACUUUUUUUUUUUUUGUUUGUCACUGCAGUUAGACGGCCCGUCAGCUGAAUUUACAGUGCAUGUGUGACCGGGGCGAGAGUCCGCCGAGCCCUUUGGCUGGUACGAAUCAAGUCGCAGCAGACCUGCCCGUUCGUUUUUGACUGUGGAAUACUGCUAACGUGCUAUCUUUGGGAUUUUUACUUUGAAAUCCUACUUUGUACUGUACUCAUGAAAUGAGUCCGAUUUAUAAAUGGCAUUGGAAAUUCUCGGCCUGCUGCAUCUGGCCCUUAUGAAGUGCAGGCUGGAGUUUUACAUUUGUGAAUAAAUGUAUGCAGGUUUUGUUGGACAUGAAUUUUUGAUCAUGUUCCAAGGAGGGCCUAAAGGCACAGAUUAAAUCUCGCAGGAGAAUCCUGCUUUAUUUGGCGGCAAUAGGAGGGUUGACCUUGUUUUUUUUUCUUGAUUUGUGUUGUUUUUAAAAUAGGCUGGUAUUGGUUUUGGUACCUUCUAGAGGACCUUAUACCUUUGCCAUUUCUUAAUUCCCCCAAGAUCCAUUUCGUCACCAAUUCCUCAAAUGGGAACCAAAUCCACACCAUGCCCCCCAAAAGACAAAUAAUUUAUAGUGUGUAUGUGUGCUGUGAAGUAUGUCCAACCACUCUUGUCCUUUCCAUGUGAAUGAUGUUGAAGGCCUUUUUCUUUUGUGUUCAUGAAAUCAGCUUGUCAUUAGGCUCUUUUGGAAUUAACUGGUACUAACUUUGGCAUAGUAAAAAACAACGGUGAUUCUGGUCUGUUUAAAGGCUGGAAUGCACUACACAAUUUUUAAGUCGAUUUUUAUCCCAAUUAACCGUCUGGAAGAGUUGAUGCUAGUUGCCCAAAGUUGGAGCCAGUCAGCAGAUUUUGGACAUUCAGGGAUUGAUUGAUUUCAGAGAAAAUCGCAUUUUGGGUGCAGACUCCAAUUUCGUUGAGCUCCAGACUAUGAUUCCAUCCAGUCAGAGAAUAUCAAACACAUUUGAUAUUUUAAGCCGAUUUUAGAAAGCAUUUUGUUUUCAUUUAACGUGUCUAGUUACAAUUAUUUUUUUUUUUUUUUAAAUGUAUGAUGCCCAGUUUAUUAAGUAUAAGAUGCCUAGUGUUUCUGUUCAGAUUUAGUGUAUUCCAUCCUUCACGGGUUGUAUUAGAAUCGCCUUCUACAUUCCAUCCGUACAGGUUGCUUCCCUCAUAGCAACUCACUAAAUCUUGCAAGAAUGUAUUGUCGAACACAUCCGUCUUAUUCAACAGAGACUUAGGGUCAUGUAAGAAUUCUGCGUUCAAUCUGAAAGGUUGACGUGUCAAAACCAGCAUCCAUCACAAUCUAUGCAUUUAUGUGAGAGCGAUAGUAUAGUCUUGGAGAAAGACUGAACAUGCCAUCAGGGAAAGAAUCCAGCAAAUGCACCAGUAUUAAUGGUGUGUACCAUUUUCUCUACUAAAACCUGUUGGUCUUUGUGGCUCAAACCAAGUCAUUUUAGGCAGAGACUUGAGAUCAAAUACUUGACAGUAUUUGAAGUUUUUCUAUAAAAGAAUAGCUAGAGAUUGCAAAUGGUCCCACAUGUUUUGGUGCUAAUAAUGAUAAAGGCUAGACAUAAAUGUUAACACCAAAAUAUAGACGCACAGCAGUGGUCAAAAUAUGCAAUUUCUCCAAUAAGCUUGAAUUUGAUAUGCCGCCAACUUGUUUAAAUACACCAUCUUCUGCAUAACGAUUAUCCACCUACUUGCAGAUUCCUAUUACUGUGUUUUAUACAUCCACGAGGUGCUUAAAUUUCCAGUUUUGAUCUGAAAUCUGAAUUAGCAUCGGAAACAGUGGUUCACAAGGACUGAUGGAUUGUAUUGUGAUUCGUAAUACAUUAGCCAUGGACAUGCGACUGAAUCCAGACUUCCAAUGAUAGCUUUGGAUCUUCUAGUUCAACUUCCCCAUGUGUUUGUUUUGUUAAGGCCAGUGAUAGGAAGAAUCCUGUUUCGAAUUUUUUCAAUGUGAUCAACAACUGACCUCUGGUCCUUAAAUUUGGCUUCCCAGUAGUUUAGAGUUUUCUGUAUUUUCUUGCAUGUUUUGUCUACCCAGUUUCCAUUUAUUCAGGAAUUGAAGCUAAUUGGGUUGGUGUUGAUGGUCUGCUUUAUAUCUGAACAGUGGGAAGGCUUAUUUGAUUGUGCACUGUAUGCUUGUGUUUCACAUGGGUUGUCAGUCAGCCUAUGGGGGGUAGGUGUGUGUGUGUGUGUGUGUGUGUGUGUGUGUGUGUGUGUGUGUGAGAGAGAGAGAGCGCGCGCGCAGCAAUGCAGAAUAAGUCCUGUGUGAAAGAUGCAUACAAGAGUCGUUCCUUGAAAUGGAGUGCAAUGGCCCCCGUCUCCUAUUACUUGAUUGCAGUUUGCCAUAAUCGACUUUUGCUUGAAUGCAUAUUAAUCCAGACAUACGCUGUGAGCUUUGUGUGUUCGUGUGGCCGACCCUCCCUGUCUUUUGGGGUCCACUUUUAUUUUCUCUCCCCGAAAAUGACUUUUUUCAUGAUUUCAUCUUUUAACGGCUCUCUAGGGAUGCAAAGCAUUCAUAAAAAUAAAAAAAAAAGAAUAAUAUAAGGCUUGCACAGGUUUUGUACCAUUUGUCUUGUAACCCCUGAAUUACCCAUGAUGCACCUGAACUGAUUGAGCACUGCCAAACAGGUGUGAGGGGAGUGUUUUCCUGGGUGUUCCUGACUAACCCCUACUGGUUGACUGUGUACUGUGAUGAUCACUAAACAGAGCCCCUGUUGCAACUAUUUAUACAGAGCUGAGUCAGCGAUCCGGAGGGUUCUGUUAGUGCGUUUUUUCUAAGGCCUCGUUGCUGCAAUUUUCGUCAGCCCUCCUGUAUGUGUGUCUGAAGCCGAGCGGUGCUCUGAAAUAUGCACAGUGCAAACUUGAAUUGAUCUCUGCCUGAGAAUGAAGAGGUUAUGCACGUUACCGUCUGAGAGCUGAUUCGCUUUAUCUGCGUUUGUGGUUUAUCACUGAAUGUUUGCUUGUGUAAAGAGAGAGAGAUGCGUAAGAUAUGAGUGAAGGUCAAGUGGGUUCAUACUGGUGAAUUGCACAAAACCUGUCAAGAAUGUGUCUGGGUCAUGCUUCACCACAAAAUCAAAACAAGGAAAUGUAUAGUCCAUUUUUAGGACCUUUUUAAUGCCCAUUUUCAUUUUUCAUCACUAAAUUGUGAAUUAUGAUGAUUUAAAUCAAACUCAUUGGCCUACAAUAGUGAAAAUCACUAUUUAGAAUAAUUGGAAGGAUGCAUUUUUAAUUACAUUUUAAU